CGGCCGGCGUGUUGCAUGUGUGGUGUUGGUGGUAAAUAUGAAAGUUGGGUGGGUACGUUCUGGCGUUUGAAAUGUGUAAUGGUUGGUGGAACAGUGAUCAUAAUACUUUUGUUCGUUCACAUAUAAUGAACAAAUAACGGGCAACGUCUUUUCAGUUUAUGUCAGUUGUACUGUUUGAAGUUUGCUUUGUGCAAUAGUGCUGUGUUAAGAGCGAAAAAUAUUGAAAUCUAAUACUUAACAUUUCCACAAAACCUCACUGUUACCUGCGGUGACCUCAAACAGAGAAAGAAUCUCUGUUUUAUAGAGGGACCUUUUUAUCGACUGAAACUUGCUGAGAGUUAACAUGGAGAAGCGUAAUAUUAUUGCUGAAUUGCCAUCGGAUGCUAAGAAAGUAGUAUUAGGUGACAUGAUUAGCAGUUCAGCAUUUUGGGUCAUGGACCCUAACGACAUAAACAUGUCUGAGCAGCGUAAAGAAUUCCUUGUGAAGGAAGAAAUACUGUCAAUCCGCUGCAGUCAGGCAAAAGCAUCUGAUCAUUUCCUACCAAAAGAAGCAGAGAUGGUCGCAGUGCAGCAUCCACUAACCCACAGAUGGCACAGAGGAACUGUGCUUAGACUCUCGAAGCUGGACCGAGGCUACAUUUAUCGUGUUUUUCUAGUAGAUUAUGGUAUCUCUGUAGAUGUCAAAAAUGGAGCAAUUAAGGAACUUCCACAUGAAAUGAGGAGGUUAAAACCUCAGGCCUAUCAAAUUGAGUUGUACGGUGUUGUACCUACAACUGUGGAUUUAGAUUAUAAUGUGAUGAAAAUGAAACGAAUAAUAUCUGAAAUGUGGUGUCCUGCAUCUGCAAUAUUUGUGAGACAUGUUCUGAGACAAAGUUCUGGGAGUUACAUUGUACAAAAACAACAAAGCAAAAGUCGGAAGAGGCUGUAUGUUGACCUCUACCUAUCCAUUGACGAGGGUUUUAUUAAUCUUGGUGAAGAGCUUUGUGAUAAGGAAUAUGCAGUAUUUGAGACACAGAUUUUCGAAGAUCUCCUUCAGUGUGGGCUGAAUGACAGUUCGAGUGGUAGUGAGAGCGACUUUUAUUCUGAGAGUUUGCCUUGUGAUGCGUCUGAAGUGGAAGUACACACUAGUUCCAGUUCACAGUCUGCUACUGCAGAGUGCAUGGAAGUUCAUAAGCAAAAGAGGCAAUUUUCCUCUGUUGGAAAUGAAGCUUUCUGUUCUGUUUCUUCAAACAAAGAAUUGGAGGAAGAGGCUUGUAAAAGGAAGCAACAAGUUUAUUCAAAUCUUUUAGAUUUUUUGAAAGAAUAUUCACGGAACAAGAAUCGGGAGAAGAAGGAACUGAUUGUUUGUAAAAAUAGAAAGCAUAAAGCUUCUGAUGAGCAAUUAGGUGCAUUGGAUACAUCAAGUUUAGGGAAGCAUGAUAUUGAGGUUGAAAAUGUAGGCAACAGUGUUAAAGUAAACAGCCCUCUACAACAGAUCCCAAAGACUGUGAAUCCUCCAGAAUUCAGUACAUUCAUUCCAGUGGGUGCCGAAACAAAGGUCAGUGAAACACCUUGUCUCGUUAGGAGUGUAAAAAACUUAUCGCUUUCCUUUUCUGAAAAGUUAAAUGCAGGUGUUACUUCAGUUGAUCAGUUGCAACUUGUGAAACCGGUAUCGGCCAAUGGUAGAACAAAAAUGGAAAAUAACAGUUUACUUGAUUUCUUUCAAAAAAAUUAUCAGAAGAAAAACAGCCUCUCCCAGAAAGCUGUCGAUGCGACAGGAACUAAAGAAACUGAUGCAACUCAACUGCCACAAAAUAUGAAAGACUUCAGUGAUGAUGAAACAAUAACUGAGACUAUUUCAUCUGUUGCUACACCACAAACUGACUCAGUUAAUUGCAAUGAUGAAGUAUCAUGUAGCAAAAAAAAAGCAGAUCAAGUUGCUGCACAUGUAUUAAUAACAGAGGUAGAAAAUAGGGGCACUACUGACUGCUCAUCAGAUAAAAUGAAUGGUGAGAACAUAUCACUCUUAGAUUUUCUGUUGAAAAACAAGAGCAGUAAAUGUGGGCAACCAAACAAUUCACAACAGUCAGCGUGUGUUGUGCACACUACUCAACAUGAUCAUCAAAGAGAGAGCCAAGGUUUGAGUGAAUUGCAAAAUACUAGUCAGUUACCUGCUACCAACAACAGAAGUAAGCUGCCCAAAGGAAAUGUGGAAAUAUUUGAGCCUGAGGAAGUGAUAUUGUCUGAAACGUACAGCAGUGGGCACGCUUUUAAAGUGGACGACUCUGCUUCGGUUUCAGAAAGAUUGGUGAUGAGUACAGUUCUUGUACAUGGUCAAAAUAAAACAUUUAAACCCAUAGGAACAAUAACAGAAGCAAAUUUUCCCAAGGAGGUCCAUGAGACACUUUAUAGACUGGGCAUAAUUGAACCAAUGCGUAUCCAGACUUAUAUGUGGCCAGCAAUUUUACGUGGUUACAGUGUUGUAAUGGUGAAUCCAGCUAAAUCUGGAAAGACGCUUUCAUAUAUUGUCCCACUGAUAUCAUUUCUUUUUCGGAAGAACUUGUAUGAUGAUUUACCUUUGGGUAAUGGUCCUGUGAGCCUAAUACUCUGCUCAAGCAGUGCAAGUGCCCAGUGGAUAGGCAAUGCUUGUACUCUGCUUCUUUCCAAGAAAAGCCCCUACAAAGUAGUUGUCACGUAUGGAGGGGGAGCUGACAGCACAAAAGUGAAUGAUUUGGUAAAUGGCUGCCAUAUUUUGGUUUCUACACCAAAAUGUUUGUGGAGGCUUCUACAUAAGGGUCCUCUUGUUGUCAACUUCAGUAGAUUGUGCCACCUUGUUUUGGAUGAAGUGGAUGUUUUAUCAUUCAGAUUUCUUUCAGAGGUGAAGCUUAUUCUUGCAGAAUGCAAACAAGCGUUAAAGAAAAGAGCAGCAGGACUAUCUGUAUCUUUACAAGUGAUAGCUUCAUCUGAGAAGUGGUGCUCACCUCUUGAAUCUUUUGCUCAUAACAUUAUAUCAAAUCCAGUAAUUUGUAUUGGAUCUUAUUUGGAGGCAGCUGUGUAUGCUAAAUUGAAGCCAAAUCUUUAUUUUGUCAAGAGAGCUGAUAGAAAGUCCAAACUUCUUGAUCUUCUGAACAGUAACUUUGGUUUGUAUAAAAUGGUAGUUGUUUCUGAAUCUGUAGAGGAUGUUGCUGAACUAGGCCUUGCAAUGAAAUCAGCCUAUGAACAUGUUCUGAUUGCUCAUGAAAAUAUGCUACAUUUUGACAUUGAAGAUGUGUACAGGAAGUGGAAUCUCAUGAAAAUAUCAGGUUCAUAUCCCAUUCUUGUUUGCUCAGAUGCAAUAUUAUAUGACUUAAAGAUAACAGAUUCUCUAUGGCUGAUACAUUAUGGUCUUCCCAGUGAAUCAAAAUCAGCAUUUGGAUUUCGUUUUUCAUGCCUCAUGAGUAAUUACAGGGAUAUGUUCUCAGAAAAUGACGCAUUGCAUCAAGAGUGUGUUGUUCAUAUUUUAAUGGGAGAAGAAAAUGCUAAACAGCUGCCAACAAUUGUACAUUUAAUGAAACGACUAGGAGCUACAGUUUCCCCUGACCUUGAGGCAGUUUCCGCAUCUAUACUAAAGAAGAAAGAUGAAGAAAAAGUGGACAUGCCAUUAUGUUACAAUAUAAAAGCUUUUGGUGCAUGUUGGGACAGAUCACAGUGCCUAUAUAGACAUGUGAUUAUUCCAGAAGAGGACGUUGUUGGGAAUCUCCCUGUCAAUGGUAAAGUCAAAUUCAAAGUACUUCAUGUGCAUGAUGUGACACACUUUUCUGUCAGACUUCUGGAACAUUUUGAUCUAAGUGGAAAGAAGAAUAUUUUACAUAGUGAAUAUGUAAAGAUUGAGAUGUGCCUCAGUGCUUUUUUCCUCAACGAGAACAACAGGUUGUCUCAUGGAAUUCCACAGGUGAACGACAUCUGUGCCAUAGAAGUAGAUAAAAAUUUGUAUAAACGAGUGCAGGUACUUUCUAUUCUGAAGUAUGAUUCUCACAAAAAUCCCACAGAUGUUAAAGUAAAAUUUUUGGAUAAUGGCCAGUACGAAGCUUGUAAGGUGUUUAAGUUGCUUCACAUUCCAGAAGAAUUCAGACACAUCCCACCUCAAGCUGUUGAUGUAUUUUUGUGUCAUUUAGUUCCUUGUGAUCUUGACUGGAACUGGAGCCAUGCAGCUAGCAUGAAGGUGUAUGAAUGGUUAAACAGUGUAGAUGACAAUGAAGAACAAGGAAAGUUCAUGAUAGGGAAGAUACUGUUGAGUCUUUCUGCUACCUUAUGGCUUGACCCUAUUGAAUGCCAUCAACUACUUCCUGCUUUGAAGACAACUGCUGUAGUUCUUUCGUUGAGGCAAAAGAUAUUAGAAAAUGACCUUGGUGUAGAAAAUCCACAUCAUAUGUCAAGGUUGUAUACAUUAUGUGAAGAAGCUGGGUUGGUUUUACCGGAAUACUGUUCAGAAGCUCAGCAGUGCCAAAAUGAAAAGGAGGGUAGUCUGGAACCCCAGUGGGCAUUUCUUUCAGAGCAAGACAACACUGAAAUUGCGUUCUUUACUGCUGAUAGCCCUAGUCAGUUCUUCAUAAGAAAUGCCAAAUGGGAAGAAAGUUAUCAAAAACUGGAGAAGGAACUGCAGAAUGCCGCUGAAAUCAAAGCAGGAACACCUAAUCUUAGCAUAGGAGAUUACUGCAUUGGGCGAUAUCCACCGGAAGACGUGUGGUACAGGGCUAAAGUCCUUAAAAUUGUUGAAGGAAAAUAUGAAUUAUUCUUCGUUGAUUGUGGAGAUCGUGCGACAGUCAACCAGGAAGAUGUUGCACCCAUAAGCAAGACAUGGAUUGAUCGACUUCCAUUCCAGGCUGUAGAAUGUGAACUGGCUGGUGUGCUCCAAAUCUCAGAAAGCAACUGGGAAACUGCAACUACUGAUACAUUUUAUGAUAUGAUGUACUUGGAUGACAGUGGUUUACUAAGAUAUGUUCAUGCAAAGGUGUGUGAGAAGAAAGAAAAUGGAGCGACAGUAACAGGAGGUCAUAAAUACAGAGUGAUUUUGAUUGAUGAAGAAGAUACUGAAGAACCAAUAAUAAAUAAAAAAUUAGUUCAACGUGGACUUGCUCAACUUGGUGAAAGUGAGAAGCACUUUUUUGAUAGUUGUGUACUUACAAAGCGGCAGUCAUCUAGUGUGGAGAGUAGAAAUAAAGCUAAAAAUAAAGGACUAAAUAAAGAUCAUGGUACUGAAAUAAAGAGCCAGUAUGAUGCUGCUGCUGCUUAUGAUGAUGAUGAUGAUGAUGAUGAUGAUGAUGAUGAUGAUGAUGAUGAUGAUUUGGAUAAGUUGAUAAAUAAGCCAGGUAAUGUACUGGUAGGACUUCAAAACAAUCAGCUAGUACCAUACGGUGCAAAAAUUCAGGAUGACAUGAAAACACCAUUAUUUGAUUUUAAUGAAUUUGAAAUGGAUGAUGAGGAUUUCUACACCUUCAUGGAUUGUCUACUGAAGGGGAAUAAGCUGUCAGAUGACAGUGAGUCACUGGAAUGUGAUUCUAAGGACAGUGUUUUGAUUGAAGAAGUGGAAGAUAACAGCUGUAUCAAUGGUAGCAGUGACAUUCACGUAUCUUCAGAGAUCACAUCUGAGAGGUCACCACACAGUGUACAGGAUACAAUGCCAAUACUAAGAACUGAAGCAAAAAUACCUCAAGUUCAUUGGCGACAGAAUGCAUUAUAUGUUUGGAUCAAAAUUGCUUUGGUGGGAGUUGAAAAAUAUUAUUUGUCAUGCACAGGAACCACAAUUGAAUUCAGCACAGACAAUGAUGGUCUUUAUCACUUCAUUUUAGAGACAUAUGGGCAAUUUCAUCCAGACAAUAUUAACCACUCUGCCAAAGGACUGUAUGUGCAAAUCAGGCUACAAAAAGUUUUGACAGGUUUCAAAUGGCCUCGACUGCUGAAAUCAGAGAAGAAGAAAUCCUGGUUAAAAAUUGAUCAUGAUUAUGAAGAGACUGAAACUGAAGCAUGUUUCACUAUGAUAGAACAAGACACACAGAUUCACAGAACAGAAGGCGACAGUUCCUGUUGUAAAGUGCUGCAGACUCAUGAACCAGUAUAUAGUACUGAUGAUCAUGCUCCAGUACAACUUUACGAUUCUCAGGACAGUGAUGAAACAGACUUUUCAGAUGAUUCAAGUGAGAAAGAAAACCCUGAAAUGCAUUUUAAUCCAUAUGAUCCUUGGGGGUAUGACAUAUAA